GAAUAUUUAAUUCUUGUUUAUUUCAAAGCGAAAUACAAAAGUGAUCCGUUUUACAAGAAUUCGGCUGUAGAUGAAUUUUGCUGAUCAACAAAUUAAUAUUCAUUUGAUUCAACUCAGAAUCGGCUAGAAUGGAUCCAACUACUGCUGCACUUGCAGAGUAUAUUUCCAAUCUCACUCCAACAGAUAUUGAAUGUCGUCAGGCCAUUCGGGAUUUCAUACAUGCUGGGGCUGAUACAACCAUCACAUUCAAAAAUCUGACUACUUUGGAGCCAUCAACUCCACAACUUGAAGAGUCUCUGAAAGACCAACAGAACGACUCUGGAUCCUCUUUGCUGCAUUUGGCAGCGUCUAGGGGAAACUUUGAAUGUGUGCAAACUCUACUGCAAGAGGCCCAUCUUUCUUGGAAUAUUCUGGACAGCAAUAAUGUGUCGAUUGGAGAGGUUGCCAAAAAAGCUGGGUUUGAUUCCCUUUAUGAUCGUUUAGUAGAUGAAGGCGUACGGACUGAAUUCCUGUUGUUUGUUCUUGGUCAACGAGUGGUCGAGGACGUCGUUUCCAAUGCAUCGUAUCUGACUCGCAAAUUAAUCUAUUCGGAUGGCCGCCUGCUCGAUUCCGAUGGAAAUGCUGUGAUGAUGGGCUGGGAAGCUCCGUUGAUGUUGAAGCAUGCCCAAGCCAUUUUACCCAAACCCGGAUUGGAUGUCCUUAAUGUUGGAUUUGGGCUUGGUAUUAUUGAUGAAUACCUCCAGGAAUUGCAUCCAGCAUCGCACACCAUCAUUGAGGCUCAUCCUGAUGUAUAUCAGCACAUGAUUGACAAAGGAUGGGACAAGAAACCUGGAGUUCGUAUUCUGUUUGGUCGCUGGCAGGAUGUGCUGGAGAAUCUAGAAACGUAUGAUGGUAUUUUCUUUGAUACAUUUGGAGAGUAUUAUGACGAUCUGAAGGAUUUUCAUCAAGUUCUGCCUAAUCAUCUUCGUGAAGAAACUGGCAUUUAUUCCUUUUUUAAUGGUCUUGCUGGUACCAACCAGUUCUUUCAUGAUGUGUCCUGUAAAAUGGCACAGCUUGAUCUUGCCGAAAUUGGUCUUUCAACCGAGUUUGUCGAGUUGUCCGUGUCGGAGCUUGGUGAUGAUGUAUGGCAAAAUACUAAGCGAGCCUAUUGGUCUCUUCCCAUUUAUCGACUUCCUAUUUCUAGAAUUGAAUUGUGA